CAGCGGGUGGCUGGUGGGAGCUGAGCCGGCGGUGAGGGGCGAGCUGGGCCGCCGGCCGGGUGCUGCAGGAAGAAAAAAGUCAAGAAAUGUCUACCAAUUUAAAAUACCUUUCCUUGGGCAUCCUGGUUUUUCAGACCACAAGUUUAGUCUUGACUAUGCGUUAUUCUCGGACACUGAAAGAAGAAGGACCUCGUUACUUAUCCUCUACUGCAGUAGUUAUUGCUGAACUUCUGAAGAUUUUAGCCUGUGUUCUGUUGGUCUACAAAGACAGCAAGUGCAAUUUACGGACUCUGAACAGAGUGCUACAUGAUGAAAUCCUUAAUAAACCCAUGGAAACUCUUAAACUUGCUAUUCCUUCAGGAAUUUAUACUCUUCAGAAUAACUUGCUGUAUGUAGCAUUGUCAAACCUAGAUGCAGCCACGUACCAGGUUACAUAUCAACUGAAAAUUCUUACCACAGCAUUGUUUUCUGUGUCCAUGUUGAGCAAGAAAUUGGGUGUAUACCAGUGGCUUUCAUUAGUAAUAUUGAUGACAGGAGUGGCAUUUGUGCAGUGGCCUUCAGACUCUCAAGCAACAGCUGCUAAGGAACAUUCAGCAGGAUCUCAGUUUGUAGGCCUGAUCGCAGUUCUUAUAGCAUGCUUUUCUAGUGGAUUUGCUGGGGUUUAUUUUGAGAAAAUUUUAAAGGAAACUAAGCAGUCUGUGUGGAUCAGAAAUAUUCAGCUUGGAUUUUUUGGUAGCAUAUUUGGACUGAUGGGUGUAUACAUUUAUGAUGGAGAACAACUGUCAAAGAAUGGAUUUUUUCAAGGAUACAAUAAACUUACUUGGAUAGUUGUUGUUCUACAGGCACUUGGAGGGCUGGUGAUUGCUGCUGUUAUAAAAUAUGCGGACAACAUUUUAAAGGGAUUUGCAACUUCUCUCUCUAUUAUACUGUCAACGUUGAUCUCCUAUUUCUGGCUGCAAGAUUUUGUCCCUACAAGUGUCUUUUUCUUCGGAGCCGUCCUUGUAAUAGCAGCUACUUUCCUAUACGGUUAUGAUCCCAAACCUGCAGGAAAUCCCAUUAAGGCAUAGCAGACUUCCUCAUCAACCUGCUUCUCAAGAUCAUGCACUGGGGGCCUUGCUAACAAUGGCAUGUGGAAAGUGUCAUUGUGCACUGCAGGCAAAGGAUUACUACCCUGAAUCUACUGAAAAAAUGUUUAUGACUAGUUUUGAACAGCCAGAGGGGUGGAUGAUGAUACUGUCUGUAACUAAUGAGAAAAAAAAUGGCAGGGGAAUGCCCAGUGCAACUUGCUAAUAAAAACUUGAAAGGAACAAAAAGUUCCCAAGAAACUGCAAUUAGGAAUGUUUACAGCUUUGACUGGGAUUGCAUUAAAAGAAUUUACUGUAUUGACUGCUGCAGAAAUAUGUCCUAUGCACUCUUUGAAAGAGCACAUGACAACAUUGUCAGAUUGUAUGUUUUUGCAAUUUGACUAUAUUUAAUCUUAGUAAAUAUGUUUUUAACUGUCUAUUUACAUGAAAUCAGCUGAAUAUACAUCGUAGUUCUGAGGUGAUGGUUCUAAUUAGGUAUUCCUUGUUAAAACUGUGAAGAUUGAAGUAUGAUUGAAAGACUUUCACAAUAGCAAAUAUUUUUAUAUUUUUAGAAGGCUGAUUUAAUAACAGAAAUCUGUUAUUAAAUUAUAAUAUUAUAAUUCUGUUGCUUAUAUAAAACUAUUGUAAGAAUGUUAACAUUCUCACUUAAGUACACGAAGGGAGAAAUUCAGAGUGAAAUCUGGAAAUCUGUGUUGAUACUCCAGCCUUCAUCAGGAUAGCCUGUAGUGUUCCAACAGGUGCGCUAACUCUGUGAACACAGCCAGAGGUUACUACACUAACCUGGCACUAAGAUUAGGGUUAUGAUGGAGUGCUUGUUCAGAUGUAUUGUCAUUCUUUUUAUUUUUAUUGAUUAUAAAUUGACUUUUUGGUAGAACCUUUAAGGUAGUUUUUAUGCUUUAAAUAUCAUCUGGGGAUUUUUUUAACCAGCAUUUAAAAAAAAAAGCCCAUAAUAAACAUUUUAAAUGCAUUAUUGUUGUCUGUAACAGCUCCAUCUGGCGCUAUUGUGGUAUAUCAUCUAUAUACUGUACUGUACUUUAUUACAGAGGUGUUUUUUAAACAAGUGUUGUUUACUCAUGAACUCUGCAAGGCUUUUUCAGUACAUUUCUAUGUAAUGGCUUAAUUAGAGGUUUGGGUUUUUUUAUUAUUAUUACUAUUACUAUUAUUUUGCUCUGGGAGUCCUUGAGCCAACAGACCAAAAUGGGUUCUCUGGAGCUAUUCAGUCUAGUAGUGGAAUGACUUUAAUAGGAAGCAUAAUGAAAAUGUAAUUAAUUGUGCAAUAGGUAAAUGUAAAAGCAUGCUGUUGUUCUGUUUUAAACCAAAAAAAAAAAAA